AAGUAAAAACGGUUUUAAUUUUAAAAUUUAAUAAAGAUGAAGUUAUCCAUUGCAAUAGGCGUUUUAACAGUUUUAACUGUUGUUUGUUCUUACCCCCAACGAAGAAGCGAACAUAACAGUAACACUCAUCCAGAAACUAAUUCAAUAAGUGGGAACGGUGAUAAUCCAGUAUUGUUCUUGAAUAGUGAUCGCUAUAAUGGAGUCGAACACAACUUUGAAGAUUAUCACAAAGAAAACUCUAAGAAAACGGAGGUAAAAGAUUCUGAAGAUAAUGUUUAUAAUAAACCCAUUAAAAGAAUGUCGGGAAUAGUUCCAAAAAAACAAGAUUCGGGAACUAUUAAGGAUAAUGACAAAGAUUUAAAAGUGCAAAACAGAAGAAGGGAGAAGAGAAAAGCUGAGGAUGAAGAUGGUGAUGUAAAUAACAAAGAUGUAAAUGAAGAAAAACGUGAAAAUAAGAAUGAAGUGGAUAUAGAUGAAGAAACUAACCAAGACAAAGAUGAGAAAAAAGACAAGAGUUCAAAUGAUUACAACGUUUCAGAUACUUACAGAAAUGAAAAUCAUGACAUUAAUAAUGAAGUUCAAAAUAAUAAGGAAGACAAAAAUAACAAAGACGUAUUUAUGAAAAAAGACACGAAUAAAAAUUAUAAUGACGAAGACGAGAAGUAUUUGGAUGAUUAUUACCAUGAUGGUAAUGAUAACAAAGACGAGGAAGAUAAGAAUAAAGACACCAAUUCGAAUGAUACCAAAGUUGCAGAUCCAAACAACAAUGAUGAUGGAGCUCAAAAGAAUAAAGACGACAAGGGAAAAGAUGUUAAAGAAGACGAUCAUAAAAAAAAUAAAGAGGAGGGUGACAACAAUUCUAAUUCAGAUAAAAAUGAAGAUCAUGACAAUGGAAAUCUAGCUCAAAAUGAUGAUGAGUAUGAUGAUGGUAAUGAUGACGAAGACGUGGAAGAUAACAAAGUUCCAAAUCCAAACAACAAUGAUAAUGAAGCUCAAAAUGACAAUAUGGGACAGGAUAUUAAAGAAAACAAAGAGGAAGGUGACAACAAAUCUAAUACAGAUAAAAAUGAAGAUUAUGACAAUGAUAAUCUAGCUCAAAAUAAUGAUAAAGAUAAGGAUGUUAAUGAGGAUAAUAAUAAAAAGACUAAAGCACACGAUGAUGAGCAUAAAGACAAGAAUUCGAAUGUUGACAGAGUUCCAGAUACUAACAAAAAUGAAGAUCAUGCUACCGAUGAAGACGUGGAAGAUAAGAAAAAAGACACCAAUUCGAAUGAUACCAAAGUUUUAGAUCCAAACAACAAUGAAAAUCAUAAUAGUAUAGACGACAAAGGGAACGAUGUUAAUGAAGACGACGAGGAUGCAAAUUAUGACUAUGAGUAUAAAGAUGAUGAUAAUAAUGACGAUUAUGAUGAUGAAGAGGAUGAUGAUGGUGGUGACGAAGAUGAAGAAGAGGAUGACGAUGAAUAUAAUUAUCAAGACGAUGAUUAUGAAGACGAUGGCGAAGAUGAAGACGACUAUGAAGGCGAAGAUGACGGCGAGUAUGAAAAUGAUAAUGAAAACUAUGAAAAAGAUGAGAACAAAAAGGAAAAUGUGCUUUAUAUAUUUGACAAUAUUGUAGAAUUUAUAACGAAUUAUUUCUAAUAAAUUGCAAUUUCAAUUUGUUUGAAUAAUAUAUUUCA